CUGGGUGGGGUUCGGCUAGCUGGCCACCUGGAGCUACACACAGGAAGCGAGCUCCCUGUUGUUAAACACACACGCAUACGGGCAUGAAGAGAUUUCACCGAGUUUAAGUCGUCAGAUCUUUCUUGGACUUGCAGAGACGUUCCGACUAUAAAAGACUCUCACUAUAAGAGUAACUGUAAGCUAUAAGAAGUUCCUAGUCCAGAAGAAGCGUCCCUGCUCCAGCUGCAGCCAGAAUGGGGGCAUACCAAGAAAAGAAGACGACAUGUGGGACUGUUUGCAUGAAAUACCUUCUCUUUACUUUUAACUUCCUGUUCUGGCUGGCAGGAGGUGCUGUGAUGGCUGUGGGGAUAUGGACAGUAGCAGCAAAGAGUGACUACAUCAGCCUGCUGUCCUCCAGGAUCUAUGCUGUGUCUGCCUAUAUCCUCAUUCUGGCAGGGGUUAUUGUCAUGGUCACAGGAGUUCUAGGUUGCUGUGCCACUUUCAAGGAGCAGAGACGACUUCUGAGAGUGUAUUUUGUCCUCCUGCUGUGUAUUUUUCUGCUGGAGAUCCUGGCUGGUGUCUUGGCCUAUAUCUACUAUCAGCAGCUGAACGAGGAGUUGAAGAAUAAUCUGAAAGAGACUAUGGUGCAGAAGUAUCGCCAGGCUGACCAGGACCAUGUCACCAAGGCUGUGGAUAAAUUACAGCAAGAGUUUAAGUGCUGUGGCAGUAAGAACUCCUCAGACUGGACAGAGAGUGUUUGGAUCCACUCUGGAGAUGCCCAAGGAAGGACAGUUCCAGACAGCUGCUGUAAGACCCAAACAGAACUCUGUGGCAAAAGAGAUCACCCAUCUAACAUUUACAAAGUAGAGGGUGGCUGCAUCACUAAGCUGGAGAUGUUCAUUAUGGAACACCUAAAGAUUAUAGGUGCUGUGGGUGUGGGAAUUGCCUCUGUGCAGAUCAUUGGCAUGAUUUUCACAUGCUGUCUCUACAGGAGUCUGAAAUCAGAGCCAUAUUGAAUUGUCAGCGUUGAGCUGUAGCCUCAGAAGCCUCAAACCUGACAUUACUUCAAGCCAUUUCCAGAAGGGGCUAUUAAGAGAUUGUGGUGAGGACAGAGGCUGGUACUGAUGAUCCAUUGUGUCUCUAUUGUCUAUACUUAUCGUAUCAAGUUGGGAACAAAUGUGCCUAUUAUGAAGUGAAUUGUUAUGCGCUAGGAACCUCUUGGAGUAGAGAAUGAAUGCACUUGAAAUUCUUUUAAUUGCCUUUAAUAACAGCCUUUGCCUCAGUGGUUCUCUUAGUAACCAAUAUUUAAUCUAGAAAUGUACUGCAUUCUGUAGCAUGUACCACAUACUGUAGCUCAUUUGACUGCCUUUUUGAACAACUCCAGAUGACUUAUUUGGGGUUAUGACUGAUGCAUAUUUUAUAUAUGAUGCCAUUCUUUUAUUGUUUUGUAUUAUUUUUAUUUUUUUAUUCCAGAUUGUUUUUUUUUUGUAUUUCCAGAUACAAAUUAAAUGCAGUCCUCAGCUAAAGUGACAGUGUGUUGUAGUCCAAGAUCAAGCUUAUCUAGUUUUCCUGUUUUCAUUUCCUGUUAAAUCAAGAAUUAACAAGUCUCCCCUAUGAUGAUAUUUAGUUUAGAAGAGUAAGGUUAUAAGGUAAAUUAAAUUAGCUUUAAGUCACUGCUUUGUUCUGCCUGUCUGUCUUUUCAUUACAGUAAUAACAUUAAAAAUACAACCAUUUUAUGG